AUGAUGAGAAGAGACAAAGAAGCAAGCCAAGUGCUGGCUGCUAUGGAGGCCUCUGAAGCCUAUGAGGAUAUUGCUGACGACUUCGUUGCCUCCGCCUUAACAGAUGCAGACGGCAAACAAUGGGCCCCGGAUGAGAAGGAGUUGUUGUGGGGUUCGAGGCCCCCUCUGCUGCCGCCAGCCAUUGGAGACCUUCUGUUUAAACAUAUAGAAGAAGGGGACAGUGCAGAGUUAGAAGAAGGAGACAGUGCAGAGAUAGAAGAAGGAGACAGCAGCGAUUGGGGCUCCGAGGAGACAGAAGACAGAAGAGGAGACACCCCACAGCGGGAGAGACACCCGAACAACAGCGCUUUAUCACAGCGGCUGGAGCAGCUGCUAGAAGAGUAUAGAGAAGAAUGCAUUGGCGAGCUGGAUCCUGAGGAGGCUGAAGAGAGCGAUUCAUUCUCUGCAUAUGAGGAGUGCUUUGAUGAUUUUUUAAAGUCUCAAGAGCGGACCCCGGGUCUGGAGGGUGUCUCCUCUCGGGGGAGGCGAGGGAGCUGCUGCAGCGACAGCAGCAGCGGCAGCAGCACGAGCAGCAGCAGCAGCAGGAGCAGCAACUUGAGACGAAAAGAUGAAGGGUUUCGUCUCUGUGAAAUGGAUGAAGACCUUCGCAACAAAACCCUCGCGUUAGCAAGAAUGCAAGAAGAAGAAGAAGAAAACGAAGCAACAGUGCAUGCAGCCCCGAUGCUGCCUGCUCGCGCUCGCCCCACUUGGGAUGGCGAAACCAUUAUGAGUGCGAGGUCUGGGGUGUCUGUACAGCCCCGUGCAAUUCUUAUUGGGUCUUCUCGAGCUAGCAAAAUGUCUCUGACUCCUUUCUUAGCAACACAUGCUGGAGCUCCUUUAGGGGCUAAGGGCCCUUUGGAGGGACGACGGGCGCAACUGCCUCCGAGCGGAGACGCUGAGGAGACAGCAGUUGAACUGCCAGAGGUCUCUACCUACAGACCUCGCGGGGAGACACCUGAGCAGCGAAAGGCGCGCAAAGCUGCGGUGAAGGAAGCGCAGCGAAUUCUAAGAGCCAACAAGAAAGCUAACAAACAACUCCUUAAGGAGGAGACAAAGAAGUCUCAGGCAGCACAGGCCCGCAUCAGUCCCUUCGACGUCCGCCCAGGAGUCCGCUUGGGCGCGGCACAGCUGCUGCUGCUGCAGCACAAAGCUGCAGCAGCACAGAGCAGCAGCAGCACAGAGCAGCAGCAGCACAGUAAAGGGCCCACAUCCACUCGCCGCUCGCCUAUGGGCCCCCUAAGCGCAGCAAACAAAGAGGGGGGUAAUUUAGGGUGCUCUUUAGGGGCCUCUGAGGAUCAGGGGCCCCCGGGGGGGCCCCCAGGCCUGACAGAAGGCUUGCAGGGGGGCCCCCAGGGGCCCCGGGGGGGCCCCCCAACUCUGGAGGGAGGUUGGCAGGGAGGCCCCCAAGGGCCCCCAGGGGCCCCCUCUGGACUGACAGGAGGGUGCGAUGGGGCCCCCCAGGGGCCCCCAGGGGGCCCCUCUGACCUGGCAGAAGGCGGGAAGGGGGCCCCACAGGGGCCCCCAGGGGGCCCCACUGGCCAGGCAGAAGGAGGAAAGGGGGGCCCCCAAGGGUGUGGGUCUGUGCAUGCAUGCGGGUGUGGGGUGUAUGAAGAAAUAAGUGCUGCGGAUAUUGAGGUGUAUGCAUACCAGUUGGAAGCAGCAGGUGCUGCAUUAACUGCUUUUCAUAUGACGAGGCAGGCUCAAAUGAUUGAAGAGAUUAUGCAGCAUAACAUCAGCCUCCUUAAACGCAGCAGCAGCAGCAGCAGCAACAGCAGCAACACCAGCAGCAGCGGGGGGAGCGAAGAGACAGAUUUUGCUUCUUUGCCGCUGCUGUGCCCCCCUCCUCCUCCUGUACCUCAGCUAUCACCAUCACCACCUGCAGCAGCAGCAGCAGCAGCAGCAGCAGCAGCAGCAGGAGAAGGUUUAUCUGCAGCCCAUUUCUCGUGGUUGUUUGCGUCUGCUGCUGAUAAUGAGAAGGAGGCUGCAGCAGCAGAUGCUGCUGCUUCAUCAUCUCUUUCUUUAUGGAGGCGGAGACUUGAAAGGAGACACUUAGAAGAAGAGUUAAAAGCUGCUGUUCAAAAAGCCCCAGGAGGCCUUCAGUGGUUGCAUGCGCUCUGUCAUAUUGCGACAGAUGAACAGGCGGCGCAAGCAAUACUCGAUAUUGCUGCUGCAGACCCCAGCUUUCCUUGUGGCGGCAUACAACGGCAGAUUCUCUUAGCGCUCUGCAGCCUCUCCGUAGACAGCACGCGGCUACACGACACUCUUAACUCUGUCUUCGGACCAACAGAACACCUGGCUGCCACUGAUGAGCAGCGCAUAGGAAAAAUAAUUAAAGCGACAACAGAGGCGGGCGCGUUGCAGGAGCGGAAGGCCAAGGCAGCAGCAGCAGCAGCAGCAGCAGAAGCAGCAGCGAGUGCUGCUGCUGCUGCUGCUGCAGGCGGCGAAAAUCCACAACAACAGCAGCAGCAGCAGCAGCAGCAGCAGCAAGUGCUGCAGCACCCGCUGCUGCAGCAGCAGACUGCAUUCGCUGGAGCUGAGGCUGCGUCUUUUCUGUGGCAUCUCGUCGGCCUUGCUUACCAGCGAGAAGCCGCUUCCCCAUCUUCGUCUCAGGCUGCCUUCCGCCGCUGCUCCGCUCUCUGCUUCCUCUGCGCUCUUCAGCUGUCUCCUUUUGCUCUUGGCUGCUUUGAAGCAGCGCUGCCUGUUGUGUGCAGCGAUACGUCUUUCUUUCUGCUGGUCCCUCCUCGGCACAGCCCCACACAAAUAAUUGAAGCAGCUUUAAACCCUAGCCGCGUUAGCCGCAUAAUGAAGCGUUUCUGCAGCUUGCUGCUGCUGCAGCAGCAGCAGGCUGCUUCCCGCAUGCAGCAGCAGCUGCAGCAGCAGAUCGAACGCGUGGAGACGGAGCUGGAGCAGCUGCAGCAGCAGCUGCAGGCGGGAAGCGCGAAUGUGCUGGAGUUGAAUCGGGGGUUGCUGCUGCAGCGGCAGCACCGUGAGCUAAAGGAGCAGCAGCAGCAGCAGAAGCAGUGGUUGCAGCUGCUGCAUGCGCAGCAGCAGCGGCGUUGGCAGCUGCAGCAGAACGAAGUCUUGUGGCGCAAGGGGACUCUCCUCUUCAGUCAUACCUUGAGGCUGAUGGCGAACAGCCUGUUGCUGCUGCAGCGCGGGGAAGGUCAUUUGGUGCUGCAGCAGCUAAGUGCUUGGCCUCUUCUCCCUUCGGGGUGUAUCUUCUUCUUAGAGUUGUUUGGCUGCGCGCAUGCUGCAGCAGGCAAUCAUUUUGCUGCUCUUCAGUUCUACAGGAAGGCUGGGGAGCACCCUGCUGUCUCUGGAGCAGCACUUGUGGCCUGGGCUGCUGCUGCUGCUCGCUUAGGAGACAGCGGAGAGAUGCAGCGAGUGUCUCUCCUUGCACUUGAGCUGCUCUCACCGGAGGAGCCGUUCUUCUGGUGCAUUCUGGGUUUGUUUUUUUCGUGUGCAAGUAUGCAAGAUGAGGCUGUGGAGGCCUUUUAUAAGGCGUACGAGGUGUUUGAGGCGGGGCUGUCUCGGCACGUGGCUUCUUAUUCUCUUCUUUCGGGUUUUGCUGCUCUGCUGCAGCAGCAAGGGAAGAGCACAGAGGCAGCGCAAGUGUUAUGCUGCUGCAUGCGUCUCUUUAGCUGCAGAAGCCCUGCGCUGCUGCCGCUGCUGGCGGAGUGUAUGUACACCGCAGGGCAUCCCCAGAAGGCUAUCACUCUGUAUAAGAGGCCGCGCAAGGCCUGGCAGCACAUGAACGCCGCGGCGCUGCUUACGAGAGAUGGUGCAGAGAGCAGUCGUUUGCAUGUUGGCGCUGCAGUCUCUGAAGACAGUGGCGCUGAACAGGGGAUCGUCUCUGAAGGAGACGAUCCCGAUCCCCUGCCCCACGGGGGGCAGUUGAGGGGUGCAGCCCCCUCGCAGCUGGCCCAGUGCACGCAGCAGCAGCAACGGCAGCAGCAACAGCAGCAGCAGCAGCAGCAGCAGCAGCAGCAGCAGCCAGAAGCUGCUUUAUAUACUUGA